AUGGCGGCGGCAGCUGUGAGUGGUGCCAAGCGGAGCCUUCGGGCCGAGCUGAAGCAGCGUCUACAGGCGAUGAGUACCCAGGAGCGACUACGCCAAUCCUGUCUGCUGACCCAGAAGGUGAUUGCCCAUAGUCAGUAUCAAAAGUCCAAAAGAAUUUCCAUCUUUUUGAGCAUGCAAGAUGAAAUUGAGACAGAGGAGAUCAUCAAAGACAUUUUCCAACGAGGCAAAACUUGCUUCAUCCCACAGUACCAGUUCCAGAGCAACCACAUGGAUAUGGUGAAGUUAGCAUCACCUGAAGAAAUUUCUUUGCUUCCUAAAACGUCCUGGAAUAUUCACCAGCCUGCUGAGGGAGAGGUUCGGGAGGAGGCCUUGUCAACUGGGGGACUUGAUCUCAUCUUCAUGCCUGGUCUUGGUUUUGACAUACAUGGCAACCGCUUGGGGAGGGGGAAGGGCUACUAUGACACCUACCUGAGGCGCUGUCUGAAGCAGCAGGAAGUGAAGCCCUACACCAUGGCCUUGGCUUUCAAAGAACAGAUCUGCUGCCAAAUCCCAGUGGAUGAAAAUGAUGUGAAAGUAGAUGAAGUUCUUUACGAAGACUCAUUAGCAUCUUAA